UCCAAAGUCACACGUUUAACACUUGCACCCUCUUCGCCAGCAAACAAAGAGAGCCCCAGAAAGCUACAGAACUCGAACUAGAAGUGUUUCCGGUGAAGGAGGAGGCCGGAGGAUAAUAGUUGUGGUUUGAAUGACUAGUACUGUAGCCAUGGGUGGUGGUGUUACGGUGGAGGACAGGAAUUACAGCUUGAUAAACUUUGAAGAGACGGAGCUGCGUCUAGGGUUGCCGGGUGCGCUGAAAGACGGCGACCAAGGCGUGAAGAGCUGCAGUAGCGGGAAGAGAGGGUUUUCGGAAACGGUUGAUUUGAAGCUCAAUUUCUCCUCGGAAAAUGAUGAUGUGAGCCGGUCAGGGAGAGAUGGUCAGGUGGAGAUCAAGAAGGAGAAGGAUGCUUCUGCUGCUCCUGCUCCUCGUGCAAAGGCUCAAGUUGUGGGUUGGCCACCCGUCCGAUCAUUCCGAAAGAACAUCGUCGCCGUCCAAAAGAAGAGCACCGAUCAGGAUCAGGCCGCCGAGAAGAGUGGCAGCACUAGUACUAGUGCGGCCUUUGUUAAAGUGAGUAUGGAUGGGGCACCUUAUCUACGUAAAGUCGACUUGAAGUUGUACCAAAGCUACCAAGAGCUUUCUACUGCCCUAGGCAAAAUGUUCAGCUCCUUCACUAUUGGUAACUGUGGAUCACAAGGAAUGAAGGAUUUCAUGAACGAGAGCAAACUGAUAGACCUUCUGAAUGGUUCUGAAUAUGUGCCUAGUUAUGAAGACAAAGAUGGAGAUUGGAUGCUUGUGGGAGAUGUACCAUGGGAGAUGUUCGUCGAUUCAUGCAAACGCUUGCGGAUAAUGAAGGGAUCGGAGGCGAUUGGACUUGCGCCGAGAGCGGUGGAGAAGUUCAAGAACAGAAGUUGAAGAUGAAGCUGCUCGCUUUGUCUGCUUGGUUGAUUUACUUUCUGGCACGGACACAAUCAAAUGAAAAAUUUGCAGACCGGCUCUACACAAAACUGGAGCACGAAGUUUGGAUGUGCCUGUGACUCUCUGUACCAUGGUUUUUUUUUUUGGUGCGCUCUACUGUUUUCAAAGUUUUAUGUAAGAAUAUAUUCGGAGAUUUGUUAGGAACAAGAAGCAAAUAAUAUUAUAGAUCGAAGAUGUGCAUAUUAUCUUGCUCA